AUGGGGCUAGGCCCGGCCUUGCCGGCACUAGCAGACGUCCUGCCCCCGGACGUUUUGCCCAACAGCAGAACCGUCCAAAAGUCGCGGUUCUUGGAUGCUGGAGGAGGUGGGGUUGACACUUGCAAUCAGACGGACUCAAGAGACCCCCAACAAGCUGGCGGAGGACGAGGAGACGACCAGCAAGCGGAUUCGCAUAGCGUGCCCACUCGGCACACCAUCUUUGUAUUGUACGCUCGCAACUUCGCGUCGGAGGGUGGGUACUGGCCGCAAGAGAGAGUGACUAAGAUUCUCAUGGAUUUACUCAGCAUCGCGCUGUUCUUUCUGUCGGUGCUCAACAUCUACUUGAGUAUGGCUUCUCUGGCUUUCUUCAACUUGGAUGAAUUUGAGACGUCGACUCUACUGUACUCGAUGUGGGGCAGUUCUGCGGGCAUGGUAGUUGUGUCCAUCCUGGGGUGCCAGGCAAUACGGACUGGGCCGAGCCGAAAACAUAUCAUCUGGUUCAUCGCUCUUCUCAUACUAAGUCUCGGUUUGUACAUCGCCUUCACCUUCAUCUACCACCACUUCUAUGUUGUACUCAAGCGGAUUGAUAGCCGUGGGGUGGCAGCAUUCGCCGACUCCUCGGGAGAGGAAUCGCAACUUCUGGACUCCUUUCGACAAGAGUAUAUCGAUCAAUGGAAAGUGGGCCACUGUGGAGGGGGAAACUGCAUUCCAGAGAACUGCAGUGGUAGCGACCUGUCGUUCGAGCCUAUCAAGUGCGAAGAAGAGAACAUCCAGUUGUUCCUGAAUAAUUGGGCCAUGGAUUACCGAGGGACUCAGGAGCAGUUUUUGUCAUGCCGAGAGAACGCCCUGAGCAGGCAUGCAGGAUCGAGCUCGGGGGAGAUCAACAGCUGGUGUCGGUCAAGAGACUUGUAUGUCCACGAGUAUGCUCGGCAGGCUACUUUCUUGUUCGGAGUGUUAACUGUGCAGUGCCCUAUCAUGACGGUACAAUUGGUGUUGGCCAUAACGGUGCUGAUCUACAGGUGGCAUGGCAAGGAACGUACUACAGGCUGGCAUAGGCCGGUCUUGUGUGAUGCCGAUGUCCAGAAAACACCUUUGAAGCCAGGGGGAUCAGGGAGGAAGUUAUGGGAGCUUUUUGGUCGGCUGCCGAGGAAGAUCGGCGGCAGAGUCGGCUCUGAUGAUGCUGGUGGAGAAUGUCGGGUUGGACUGACGAGUCCACGAGGAAGGCAAGAGGGUUCGGCCACAGACUCGAGCGGUCGGCCUGGCCCACAUGAGAAGAAUGCUGACCCACCUCGCGUCAAGGUUUGA